AUGGCUAAGCGAGAUGAUGUCAUUCGAAACUGCAUCUUUGCAUUGAUCGAGCUCACUGAUGAAGGUGCGAUGGCUGCUCUGAAUUUACCGAUUAACCAGAAUUUCUUGUCGAGAGAGAUUGAAGAUGAGCGUAAAAUGUGUGCAAGAGCUUUCUACUGGACUAACGUUGACAAGAAGGUCACUCUCUCAAAUUGUUCUUCUUCUUCACUCACUGAUGAAGUAUCGUCCGCUAACACAUCUGCUUUUGAUACAGCCUAUAGGUGA